AUGGCAGACUCUCACUACUCGCGGCUAUUUUACAGCUGCCAACACACCGUUACCCGCUUCUUCCAGCAGCGUCCUUUUGUCGCUAGCUCUAUCCUUGGCUUGGGCCUCGCCGCCAUUCCUGUCAUCUCCCACAUCAUCCGCUCGUACCGUGGCUUCCUCGCACUCGGCCCUGGAGGGCUCCCGCACAACUUUUUGGGCUGGUCUAUCCAGGCCAUCGGACAGCCGUUUGCGCGGCAUGACACAAGAGAGCCAGGACCCUUUGCCGAUCCUCGCGUUUUUUAUCGCUAUGCGCCUCAUGGCCGCACCAGCUUCCUAGACGAAGUGCCUGUUCGCCGUGGCGAGCGCCCAGACGUGCCUUCCUAUGUCGCUCCUCAGAGACAGAUGACUGAUCAUUCUGACGCUUCGAGGAUAGAGGCGAUGAAGCUUGACCUUGCCGAGCGCGCCGCUCAGCAUACGGAGCUCCUCGCACUCGCGCCUUCACAGCUCGAGGGCCCCAAGCACCAGGCGCUGUGGAUUGGCGAGGCUGUUGAGACGCCUGCAUAUCUUGCCAAGUCCACAAGAGGCGAGUUUGCUCAUGUCCACCCUGACGGGAGUUCUCAUCUGAUCCUGAGUCUUGCCGACGCCGAGGUGGCUACUGCAAAAGGAUGGGCUGAAAGGCAUAUGCUCAGCGGUGUUAUGCUUCCCCUCAACUACCUUUUGAUUUAUGCCCCGAGAGAUAAGGAGGAAUUCCAAGUCUGGAAGCAAUUCCUGUCCGCUGCUAUUGCGUUCAAUACUGCGUCGCCACAGGCUGCGUAA